AUGAGCUCGCCCGCUCUGCCCCCUGAUCUGUUCGACACCGCGACGCUCGUGUCGCUCGCCGCGACAGUCGGCAUUGUCGGCGUCGCCUACGCGGCGUCGCGCCAGUUCCUGCCGCCGCGAGGCAACACCCCCUCGGCACUGCGCUUCCUCUUUGUGUGGCAUCUCGCCGACGCGCUGUGCCAUUUCAUCCUCGAGGGCAGCUUCCUGUACCACUGCUUCUUCUCGUACGUCGAGGCUUCGGCGCCGGCCGCCGCGGGGCUCACGGCGUCGCCGUUCAACUACCUCGGGCACGGCGCGGCGCGGGUUUACGGCGCGCAGGCGGGCGGCGCCAGCAACCCGUUUGCGCAGCUGUGGAUGGUGUAUGCCCGCGCGGACAGGCGCUGGGCCGGCGCGGAUCUCGGCGUCAUCAGCCUCGAGCUGCUGACCGUCUUCUUUGACGGGCCGGUGGCGCUGUACGUCGCGUACCUGAUUGCCAAGAAGGACGACAAGGCGAGCUUCUGGAUGGUGGUGCUGGCUACGUGCGAGCUGUACGGCGGUUUCAUGACGUUUUGUCCCGAGUGGCUCGUUGGCAAUAUCAAUCUGGAUGGUAGCAACUUUAUGUACAUGUGGGUGUACCUCGUCUUCUUCAAUAUGCUGUGGGUGGUCAUUCCGCUGUACGCUAUAUGGUACUCGUACCGUGACAUCUCCCACGCGUUUGCUGUUCGUGCGUCAAAGAAGGAUCAAUAA